CCUCGGCCUCUUUCAUGCCGCUGUCAGCGCCAGACACAGCAGCUACGUCUCCGCACCCAACUCUGACUCCGUGGAUGGACGACCAGAGAGACGACCAGAACAGCUGGAUUUGCCGUCGAUUUUCACUCUGAUUUUGGAGAAAGUUCGGUUGAAAACUAACCAUGGACAUAGGUGGCUUGGAGACAGUGGUGGCAAACUCUGCCUACGUGUCGGCGCGAGGGAGCGUCGAUGGAGCGGCAGCGGCCUCCAUGCGCGACAAGAAGAUGCGGGCCAGGCUGAAACUCCCUCACAUCCGAGACUGCGAGCACAUGAAGACCACCGUGGACUCAAACUUUGACAGCAUGUGCGUCAAACAACCCAUUGGCAAAAGACUGUUCAAACAGUAUCUGGAGAGUGAUGCGACCCACAAGGAUGCAGGAGAGCUUUGGAAAGACAUUGAAGACUAUAGCAUCAGUCAAGAAAAGGAUCGACUGCAAAAGGCCCAAAAGAUUGUCAACAAGUAUUAUCAGUCGUCUUCAAAGAACUUUUGCAAAUUCCUAGAGGAGAAAGCCGUCACUCGGGUGAAGGAGGACUUCAAAAACGUCCACGGGGACUUGUUUAAAGAGAGUGAGAAGCAGCUCCUCAAGCACCUGGAGAAGGCUGCCCUGGAUGGAUUCAAGAAGAGCAUGUACUUCCUGCGCUACGUUCAGUUCAAAUGGCUGGAGAGCCAACCGGUGGAUGAGGAGUGGUUCAUGGACUUCAGGGUCCUGGGUAAGGGAGGAUUUGGGGAAGUGUUUGCCUGCCAGGCAAAGGCCACGGGUAAAAUGUAUGCCAACAAGAAGUUGGAGAAGAAGAGGCUGAAGAAACGCAAAGGAUAUGAGGGUGCCAUCGUGGAGAAGCGCAUCCUGGCAAAGGUCCACAGCCGCUUCAUUGUGACGUUGGCCUAUGCAUUCCAGACCAAAACGGACCUCUGCCUGGUCAUGACCAUCAUGAACGGUGGCGACCUGAGGUACCACAUGUACAACGUGGACGAAAAGAAUCCAGGGUUCAACGAGAAGCGAGCCUGCUUCUACACAGCUCAGAUCAUCUGUGGGUUGGAGCACCUCCACCAGCACCGCAUCAUCUACAGGGACCUCAAACCGGAGAACGUUCUGCUGGAUGAUGCAGGGCACGUUCGCCUCUCUGAUUUGGGUCUGGCUAUUGAGCUCCCGCCGGGGACCGAUAAAACCAACGGCUACGCAGGAACUCCAGGGUUCAUGGCUCCAGAGCUGCUGGAGAAAAAAGAUUACGACUACACCGUGGAUUACUUCACCCUCGGAGUCACUCUGUACGAGAUGAUCGCGGCUAAAGGGCCGUUCAGAGUCCGGGGAGAACAGGUGGAGAACGAUGAAGUGAAGCGCAGGAUCUUGAACGAUCCAGCGGUGUAUCCACCCGUCUUCAGCAAGGUUUGCAAGGCCAUUUGUGAAGGGCUGCUGGAGAAGGACCCACUGAAGCGUUUAGGCUUCAAGAAUAACGACUGCACAGAGCUGAAGAAUCAUCCCUUCUUCAAGGAGAUCAACUGGGGCCGCAUGGAAGCUGGCCUUCUACCACCUCCGUUUGUCCCCGACCCUCGAGCGGUGUACGCCAAAGACAUCGAUGACGUGGGCGCCUUCAGCACCAUUAAGGGUAUCGUGUUGGACAACAAGGACACCGAGUUCUACAACGACUUCUCCACUGGCAACGUCCCCAUUCCAUGGCAAGAGGAGAUAGUGGAGACCGGAGUGUUCGGGGAGUUAAACAUCUGGGCGGAGAACGGCAAACUGCCCAAUGACCUCGACCCAAACUACGUGGAAGCAAAAGGUGGAGGUUGUGUGCUGCUCUAAGUUUCCUUGCGGGGACUGAACAACCGCAUCUGAAAAGGCUGUUUUGUACUGUAAAUGCAGCGUAAGAACAAACUGAAAACCGGAAUUUGGCUUGCGUCUUUCAAUAGCACAUUAGCAAUAAAAAACUAUACAGCUAACAGAGCUGUUCCACGUGCUAGCAUGCAGAAUGUGGCUACAAAGGAUUCAUUAUUUAACUGAAAACAAACAUCUCUGGUGCCCUCACAGAGCAUCUUUUAGUUUGAGACCAAGCUGCUAAUGUUAAUGCUAGCUUGGUUAAAGUUUGAAUUAAUGUCCUGUUCAUUCAACAGAAGUGAAUUUUGGCAACACCAGAUACCUCAAGUUACGUACCGGGGGAAAAUGUAGUAUCCAGGAGUAAAAAUAUUUGAUGCACAGAGGAUGAAAAGCGAACCAUGGUCUGGCGACCGAUUGGAAGAUUUUUUGGGAGUCACCAAGCCUGUGAAUGCUGUGUGUUGCAUCGACAUUUGACAAUAACAAUGAAGGGUGGAAAAGAGAAAGAAACUACAAACCAUAUUGCUUUCUUAUGAUGUUCUGACUUUGACAUUAGUAGUGACUUAUUUUCCAAGGAUUUCAAACAUAAAGUGUAAAUAUUAUAACAGUAUUUUAUGGUGGAAAAACAUAAUUAAUAUUAGACACAUAUUAAAUACAUGGAUUUAUUGUGUAAAAAUAUGAAUAUGUGAACAAUGAAUGUUGUUAUGUUGUUGUGGAUGUAAUAGGGUAAAGAGAGAAAAAGCAUUAAUAAAA